AUGCCAAUUGUUAAUAAUUUUUUGUGUUUUGAUCUUCCAACCGGCGGUUACGCGAUUGGAUUUUUUGGAUUGUUCAUUAGCACAGGCUUAAUUGCACUUGCUGGAUAUCACAUGUUGCAUGUUAAUGAUAUGAUCUUAUUCACAGUAUCCGGUGCUGAAAUUGUUGUAUUCACAAUUUACUUAAUCACAUCAAUUACAUUAAUCAUUGGAACCAGCAAGCGCAACACAAAAGUCGUCUUUCCAUCGCUGAUCUCAUCAUUCCUUGUCAUAAUCUCAGUCGUCAUGAAUCUUGUCCUUUUAAAUUGGCAAUACAUUCCAUUUGGAAUUUAUCUCAUUUAUUCACUAGUUUGUAUUCUGUCAUUGUGUCAAUUAUUCAGAGAUGAAGAUGUAAGGAAGAGGGUUCAAGGAUAUCAUCCAACGAGGACGGUUGAAGCUUAG